AUGCUGUAUUCUCGGAGUAUCCGAUAUAGCUCAAAUAAAUUGUUCUAUCAUGGUCUUCGCUGCUUUUCUAAGCAUUCUCCUGCACCUUCAAACCAAGACCCAUCUAACGCUUCAUGUCAAAAAGCUAAGAAAUCAGAUGAGGAAAAUAAAACAUCAAAGAAAUUCGUCUACGAGAGAUUUGCUGAUGAUGUGAAUCCCUUAACUGGUGAAGUUGAGGGUCCUCGUGGUCCUGAGCCUACUCGAUAUGGUGAUUGGGAAAGAAAAGGACGUUGCAUUGAUUUUUAG